GCAACACACAUUGGCAGAUUUAAGACUCUUUCAGCGUCUGUUCCAUGUGUUUAGACCAUUAAGUGGAUGGGGCAAGAAAAAGGGAUGGGACUGCACUGCAACUGCUGCCUUGUCUAUCUGUCCUUGUGUCUCCUGUCAUGUAGGAUCAGUACAGGUAUUAUUUCAUCCUCCCCAUGGGAUGAGGAAUGGGAAAUCAUUUUUCCAUCUCUUUGGGGCCCACAGGAAAAAGGUCAAGAUGGAAGGACUAUAGUGGAGUCAGGUGCUCAAGAUGCCUACAGAAAUUAUAGCAAUGAGGGUUUUCCUUCACCAAAUAAUCAGGCUGCGGUUAGUUCAAGAGAAGUUCGUUCUGUAUCCUUUCAUUCAUCUACUCCAAGAUAUUUCCAUCGACAAACAGAUCAGGACGAGGAGCAAUAUGAAGAACAUGAGUCUCAUGAGCUUUACCAUUUUGCCCCUAUUCCUUGGUUUUCUAGAGCAAAAUCAGUAAAUACAUCUCCUCCCAGUAUUUCUUCAUCCACUUUAACAUCACGUUCUGGAAAAUUUAAUAGUUCUAUAGUCCAAUCAAUAGAUAACAGUGAAAAGAUGAAAGUGAAGAUUUCUGCCUUUGGAAAGGACCUGUAUCUUCUACUGAAAAAGGAUAACCGCUUUUUGUCUCCGACCUUUGUGGUUGAAGAAAGGAAGCGAGACAAGAAGGAGUCAUUGAAAACUGGGAAUACAGAUAGAGAUUGCUAUUAUAGUGGCACUGUUCUUGGACAUCAUGGAUCAUUUGCUUCCUUCAGUACCUGUGGAGGAUUGAUGGGUUUCAUACAAAUGAAUGAAGAUUUCAUCUACAUUGAACCUGUAAAUGGCACUCUUACGGCAGCUGGCAAUGCUCAUAGAGUUUUUAGAAGGAAAAGAACCACAGAUGAUAAAACGUCAGGGAAUAGAACUGGUAGUCAUCACUCAUACUGUGGAGUUUCAGAUAAGAGAAGAACAAAAAACUAUAAAGGGACUGAAACAGGAAGAGGCAAGCGAUACUCAUUGAAACAAAGCCAGGAAUACAACAUAGAAACUGUGGUGGUUGCUGAUCCUGCCAUGGUUUCCUACCACGGUUCAGAAGCAACAAGGAAAUUUAUUUUAACUAUCCUCAACAUGGUAUAUAAUCUUUUUCAGCACAAAAGUCUGGGAGUACAAAUGAAUCUCCGGGUUACAAAAUUGAUUCUUCUUCAUGAAACACCAGCAGAUAUGUAUAUAGGACACCAUGGAGAGAAAAUGUUGGAAAGCUUUUGUAAAUGGCAGCUAGAUGAAUUUGGAAAGAAGAAUGAUGUCCACAUGGAGAUGUCCACAAGCUGGGGGGAUGAAUAUUCAGCAGUAGAUGCUGCAGUUCUUAUAACAAGGACGGAUUUCUGUGUCCAUAAAGAUGAACCAUGUGAUACAGUGGGCAUUGCAUAUCUUAAUGGAAUGUGCAGUGACAAAAGAAAGUGCAUCAUUGCUGAAGAUAAUGGACUAAACCUUGCCUUUACCAUCGCUCAUGAGAUGGGUCACAACAUGGGUAUAAACCAUGACAAUGAUCACCCGUCCUGUGCAGAUGGUCUUCAUAUUAUGUCAGGAGAAUGGAUCAAGGGGCAGAAUCUUGGCGAUGUUUCAUGGUCCAGAUGUAGCCGAGAAGACCUUGAAAAAUUCCUUAGGUCAAAAGCCAGUAACUGUUUGCUGCAGACAAAUCCCCAAAGCAUCAGCUCUGUGAUUAUUCCCUCCAAGCUGCCAGGCAUGACGUAUACAGCAGAUGAACAAUGUCAGAUUUUGUUUGGACCUACAGCUUCUUUUUGUCAAGAAAUGCAGCAUGUUAUUUGUACAGGACUUUGGUGUAAACUGGAGGGUGAAAAAGAGUGCAGAACAAGACUGGACCCACCAAUGGAUGGCACAGAAUGUGGCAGUGAAAAGUGGUGUAGAGUUGGAGAAUGCACCAGUAUGACAUCAUCUUCUGAACACCUGUCUGGGGAGUGGAGUUCUUGGAGUUCCUGCAGCAGAACAUGUGGAGCUGGAGUCCGCAGCAGACAGCGUAAAUGUCUUAGCCAAAGCACUGAAGGUCGACAAUGCAAUGAUCCAAAAAUACAAUAUAAAAUAUGUGAGAACCCACGCUGCCCUCCUGGAGUGCCCGAUUUCAGAGACUGGCAAUGUCAGACCUUUAGCUUCCGCUCUUCCUACCAUAAGCAGAAGCACCGUUGGCAUGCUGUCAUCAAUGAAGAGAAGCCAUGUGCACUGUUCUGUUCUGCCCUUGGAAAGGAUCAGCCAGUCCUGGUGGCAGAAAAAGCCCUAGAUGGCACACCAUGUGGACCUGAUGGCUUAGACAUGUGCUCAAAUGGUAGAUGCCAGAAAGUUGGCUGUGAUGGAGUCUUGGGUUCCUUGUCUAGGGAAGAUCACUGUGGUGUUUGCAAUGGAAAUGGCAAAUCAUGUAGAGUUAUUAAAGGGGACUUCAAUCACACACGAGGAGCAGGUUAUGUGGAGGCACUGGUGAUACCAGCAGGAGCCAGAAGAAUUAAAGUGGUAGAGGAAACUCCAGCACACAGUUAUCUAGCUUUAAGGGACACAGAGAAACAGUCUAUUAAUGACGACUGGAAGAUUGAAGAGCCUGGGACCUUCUACAUGGCUGGAACUACAGUUAACUACAUUCGAAGAGGACUCUGGGAGAAGAUAUCUGCAAAAGGCCCAACAACAACACCACUUCAUUUACUGGUGCUACUAUUUCAUGACCAGAAUUAUGGUCUCCAUUAUGAAUAUACAGUACCACUGGACCCGAUUCCGGAGAACCAGAGUGCAAAAGUGAAUGAACCUUUGUAUAUGUGGACGCACUCCGGCUGGGAAGAUUGUGAUGCUGUUUGUGGUGGAGGUGAAAGAAGGACAACAGUGUCCUGUACGAAAAUCAUGAAUAAAAAUAUUACUAUUGUGGACAAUGCAAGCUGUAAAGACCUGAUGAAGCCAGAACCUCAAAUAAGAAAAUGCAAUGAACAACCUUGUCAAACAAGGUGGAUGAUGACGGAAUGGAGUCCAUGUUCCAAGACAUGCGGUAAAGGAACACAGACCCGGCAGACUGCAUGUACACAGCAACUCACAAAUGGAACACUGAUCACAGUUCGUGAAAAAGACUGUCCUGGAUACAAGCCUGCUUCAAGCCAGCGCUGUGAGGGCCAGGACUGUAUGACAGUGUGGGAGGCCGGAGUAUGGUCUGAGUGCUCCUUAAAAUGUGGUAAAGGUGUACGACAUCGGACUGUAAGGUGUACCAACCCGCGUAAGAAAUGCCUAAUGUCUACCAGACCACGAGAAAUGGAAGACUGUGAAGAUUACUCUAAGUGCUACAUAUGGAGAACAGGGGACUGGUCUAAAUGUUCCGUGACAUGUGGAAAAGGCAUGCAGUCAAGAGUAAUUCAAUGCAUGCACAGAAUUACGGGAAGGCAUGGAAAUGAAUGCUUUUCAUCUGAAAAACCAGCAGCAUAUAGACCAUGUCAUCUACAAGCCUGUAAUGAAAAAGUAAACGUUAACAGAAUAACUUCACCUCGACUUGCUGCGUUAACCUUCAAAUGUCUUCAAGACCAGUGGCCAGUCUAUUGUAAAGUAAUUCGUGAGAAAAAUCUAUGCCAAGACAUGAGGUGGUACCAACGCUGCUGUGAAACAUGCAGGGACUAUUACGCUCAGAAGAUGCAGCACAAGAGUUGACCUUAGUUUUGUAUAGAUAAUUCCCAAUAUUAUAUCUAAAACACACACUUUUCUAGCAUAUCCCAAACAAACCUUAACAGAGUUCAUAUUAUUUAAUCAAUUUAAUUUAUUUUUAUUUGCAUCACUGUUCACACCAUAAUGAUUGCUUACAUUUUUUACAAGACUGGAACAUCAUUUCUACAUUUGGACUGUAGAUCAAGUCAUUGU